AUGGUGCAUAUCUUGGGAUCAGCUAAUCAGACUUAUUUUUUUCAGUCAAUGGGGAUUGAAACCCAUCAAGUAGGCCUAGUGACUAGUCAAUUAGGUCUGUGGCCUACAGGCAGUUUUUGGCUGGAUGUGACGUGUCUGUCUACUGCUCCACCGUGUGGCUGCAAUUUGCCAGUGCAGUUACGCAUCCCGGAAAUUGGUUUUACUGCGAAAAAAAUAAAGUUUGACAUGGCGUCAGUCGCAGUGCGUUUGUCUUUUCUCAGCACUGUAGCUCUUCUUAACUUUGUCUUUGUAUUUGUAACCGGCACUGACUUCGUGAGGUUCGUCUCUUUCCGAGCUAUUUACCACAACAUCACGGGCGGUUCGGUGGUAUGUCAAGAGUCUGUGCCAUGGUCUGUGGCCCUGAGGGAUAGCUCGGUGCUCAAGGCUGUAUUGGUAGAUCUAUUCCUGUUGGCUUUCUUCACUGCUCAGCACAGCCUGUUGGCAUGGGCGCCAGUGAAACAAGCCUGCCAGUCCGUCCUGGGGGUCCUUAACAGAGCCAUGUACUGUACCACAACAGCACUGGCGUUACAGGUUUUAAUGCGCUACUGGCAGCCAGUGAGUAAUGCCCCCUGCCUGUGGCUAGUGCACACUGCGCCCUGGGACGUCUGGUUCCCUCUCAUCUGUUUCACUUGCCACUUCCUGGCCUGGGCCAUCAUCUUCAGCAUACUGCUGAUAUUUGACCAUGCGGAGCUGCUGGGCAUUAAACAGGUGUAUUACGAGUGCCUGGGCUUGGGCGACCCCCUGACCUUGAAGUCGGCGCGGGCCCAGCGCCUCUACUCCCACCUCCGCCACCCGGUCUGCCUGGAGCUGGCCGUGGUCCUCUGGCUCCACCCGGCCUUCCCCCUGGACCGGCUCCUGCUGGCGGGCUACCUGACCAGCUACCUGGUCCUGGCCCACUCCCUGGACACCCAGGACUGUGCUUACCUCAGCGUGCAGCUGAGGAGCAAGAUGCAGGUCUUCUCCUUACCACCGAGUGGCAGCGUGGAGGCUUCCGGGACCCCAACCAACAACAAUAACAACAACAACAACAAUCACAAACAAGAUUGAAUAUUGUGUUGAUCAGAGAUGUAUGAAUUAGAAGUGGAAGUACUGUUACAGAUGUAAUGACAGACCGCUUUUCAGCUAUCCACAAACGCGCUCCUAUUUCUACUGCACCUCUGCGAUUGAUUUUUAUGAUAUGAUAUGGGCAUGUUGUGGGAGAGUUGAUGGCGCUACUGAAUUUAGUUUUCUGAUGACACACAAAGAAAUAGCGUACUGAUGUUUACAGAUAGACUUGAACAAAGUAAUGAAUGAAUGAUGUACUUGUAUUAUUUGUGCACAGUUACUCUGAAUGGCAUAAAGGAUGACUGGUAUUCAAGACAUUGUGGGAUGUGGAUACAGUAUGCAUUUGCUUUUUUGCAUUUUCAAAAAGCAAGAUAUUCUGUGUACAAGUUGUCACUGGUUUUAUUAAGUAUUUGAAUCUAUUUAUGCUCUUUGUGCCAGUAGUAAAGCUGUUUGUAGGUGAAUGCCACUAAAUGCUACAAUGGCCAGACAGUUUAAGCUCUCACAAACAGUAUGUUGUUUCUUGCUUGAUUUUUAUCAGUGUCAUGUAAUGUAUUAUCGCCUGUAGGUUAUCUGCAGUAUUGGAAUCCAUUAGAAUAUUAUGUAGAAGUAUCUGUAAUGAAUUAGAUUAUAUUAGAGUUUAUUUUGAUGACUAUUUUUGUGACCAAUAUUGCCAGUGGAGUGUGUGUGUGUGUGUGUGUGUGUGUGUGUGUGUGUGUGUGUGUGUGUGUGUGUGUGUGUGUGUGUGUGUGUGUGUGUGUGUGUGUGUGUGAGAGAGAGAAAGAGAGAAAGAGAGAAAUCUUGAAAUGCAGAGUUAUAUGCUGAAUACAUGCUGAAUGCAGUUCAUUCUUCUGAUGAUGCCAGUCUAGUCUUACAUGUGCUAAGCUGGGUAGUGGUACACUUUUGCCAAUGACAAUCAUGCAGAACACUGGAAAGGG